AUGCAUGCCCUAGGCCCUAUGAACACAUACUACCAUAUAGAGUACGAGUCCAGUCAGGGACAGCCCCCGAUGCCAAUGAACCGCUCAGGCCCUGCAUACUCGAGCCAAGGCUGGAUGUACCCCGGCAACACGAUGCUGAACUCCAACGUGCCUGUUCUUAGCCCAGGAUCUCAGCUGCUCCAGGGAAUGACACCAUCCCGCACUGGCGCAAGCAGAAGCUCAAGCGACGCAUUGACCAUGCGACCAGGAGCUGGUCUCCAGCAGGAGCUGAACGGCUAUUCAAUCGACGCAAGGAUCAUUCAAAAGAAGGACCAGAUGGAAGACAGUUCGGCAGGCGGCGCAUCAAAUAUGGUCGAAAAGGUCCGGACAGGUCAACAGUUCUUGACCAAACUGCAGCUGACAAGUCAGGCUGGCAUACCACCUGGCAACCCCAAAUACCCCACCAUGCGUGUUGAUCGUCGCGAGGCCAUUAACACCGCAGGGGAACCUCAUGCCGAUGCCAAACCACUUACCCUGCAGGUCAUUGUCCACCUUGCACGAAGCGGUCAGAUCAGGAAAGGUGCUUGUGCCAAGUGCUGUCACAAGCUCAAGCGCACCAAAUCCAUGCUUGCAAGGAAGAACGCUGCUGACAUGAGGGAGUGCGACGCCGAUACAAUCGCCACCUGCUUCACUUCUCCUAUAAUGUGCUCUGGAUAUCACAAGGCCAGGCGAGUUUACCCCAGCCAGCGCCCCGCCAAGGUGACAACGGAGGGUCCUACUCCCAAGACCAAGACUAUUAAGCGCCAAGGAGUCUACUCGUCGCCACUCUCUUUGAUGCACGACGAUAUCACUAAAUCUUCUAUAUUUUUAUACUUUGGAGUCGACCGGUCGAACGCCUUUGACUCGGGCAGCAACACGAUGUCCAGCCAGAGGCCGCCCAUUGCCACGAGCGAGGGCUUAGAGCCUCAGUCUCAGGCUCCAAAGAUCUUCGAGGUCAGACCUGACAGUGGCCCGGUCCACAAAACGACUGGCGUGGCGUUUCGUGGACUCUUCUUCCAGGAGGGCAUGGUGACUUAUUUUGGAUGCUUUCCAGCACAAGACAUCGUCGUCGAGACAUCCAAUCUCAUCCUCUGCAAGGUUCCUGAGAGCCCUCUUCCAGGAACGGUCCCGAUCACCCUCUACGACAGCGUGGGCAACGGAUUUGCUGAUCUGAACCAGUUCACCUACACGGACGGCGCGGAGACAGAGAUUUUGAUCUUGCAGCUUCAGCUUCGACUCGCCCGCCGUGCUCUCGAGUACCUCCAUACCCAGGCGACUGGCCGCAAGGGAGAUGUGAACGAUAUUCUGAAGGAGAUUCCAGGAUUGGACUCUUCCGAUAUGGGUGGAGGAUAUUCCAGUGGCGGAAACAUAAUGUCCGACUCGGCUCCGACAGAUGAGGCAGAGUUGGUUAUUCUGGCGCGCGAGCGGAUCGAGGAGAGUCUGUUGACGACUCUGGACCAGCUCCCCUCCGGCAUGGACAUAUCGUUCCAAUUAGUGGAUCAGGGCAACUUGCUUCAUUUGAAUGUCCUUAUGGGUCUUGACCUUCUGACGAUGCGCUUGAUUGAGGAGGGGUGUGAACUUGAAACCCUCGAUACCUGGGCCAUGACACCUUUGAUGUACGCGGUUGUGAAAGGAAACGAGACCAUCAUCCGUUCCCUUGUCAUCGGCAAGUCCUCUACCUUAGCAUCUGUCAGCCGCACUCGUCACUCGACGACAUCUCGCACCUUGAUCUCAAGCCGCUCUCGUGGCCAACCCGAUAUGGUCGAGAUCGAGAUUGACGAAGGAUCUAUCUCGAUUGACAAUACCUCGGACGCCGAGGAUUCUAAUGUCUACCGGCCUCAGGAUCCGUUGCCUACUAUCGUCGAGAGUCAGGCCACGAAUGAUCAAGAUGGUCCGUCUCUGGCUCGUCUUGCGCAACGUAUUCUUGGCGUUCACAUCAACCACGACAUGCCUCCACUGGACCAGCAGGAUUUGCCCCCUAUGCAAGUGGUUGGCUUAGAUGAUUCGAUUACAAUAAAGAAUAUCUUGAAGGGUGACGAGAUCCCUCGAGGCGUUGUUCCCGGCGGCACCAUCAUGACCGAUAAUGAGAAGUCAGGAUACCACAGCGGCGUCUAUUCUGAGGUCCAGGGUCGUUUCCGUCUCUCGCACGAGUCCUCGCUUCCUUCGAAAGUUGUUGAGAUGUCAGUUGCUUCCAGCAAGCUGGUGCCUUCUUCGUCAUUUCCUGCUGUUCUUCCUUCGGAACUCCUGGGUAUCCGAUUCCCUCACGAGAUGGUCAAGCGAGUGGGUGGUCGAUCAGCCUCCAUCUUGAGCGAGAUGACCUGCAUUCUCGGAACCAGCAUUGAGCUCGGUCAGUCGUCGAUCUCGACCUCCUCUCCUUUACCAGAGCACACUCACCACGAUCAUGCUGGAGACGGUAUCGAGCUCAAUGGAUCUUGCAACUCAUGCUCAAAAUUCCUCCAUGAGGACUGCCGACUCUCGCCUUCGCGCGUUUCGAAGGAGAACCCAUCGGCAUACCCCAUCCUCCAGUUCAGCAUUCUGGCUCCUCCUACCGAGAUGAUUCAAACUGCCAAGGGCGAGGUUGCACAGGAAGCCUCGACUUACAGCACAGGCGCAAUGGAGCUACGACAGGGACAAGUCGAUGUUCGGGCCCGCGUCAAUUGCUCGAUUCUGCACUAUUUUGAUCCAGUGCAAGAAGGCAAAGACGUGUUGCAGAGGUUUCGUCGUCAUCUGCCCCAGCCGUGA